ACUUAUAUUAUUUUUUAAUUAAUAAAUCAGUUAGAUACAGGGUAUAAACUGUAUCAAGGGGUAUUUUUGGUUUUGUAACUCUUUUGUUUUAGAUCCAGAGAGCGGUAUGAAUAUGGCGUUUGUUUGGGUAUUUGGUUGAUGUUUUGAGAUAAUUUCAAGUUAUAUUGUUUAAAAAAGGAGAGAUUAAAUUGAAUUUGGAAAUAUCUUCAAUGAAAAGCUUCGCCUUCCGCUUUGUCUAAAGUGUCUGUCGAUAGGGACCGAUCUGGAAUGUUUUUCGACAAAUGGCACAUCUUUGGUUGGCGUUACAGUUGUAAACAUCAAAAAGGUUUUUCUUCAGAGACGAAAAUUUAAAUUUACUUAAAUUUUUACGUCCCGUUUGAUAAAUUGCACCGAUGUUUCGACGGACGGGACGAGGAUAGUCUGAAACCGGCUAGCUCAAGUAUGGUUUCGAAUGAAAUUGUCAAGGUGAAGUAAUUGGGAUGGAGGAGGCAAAAGAGAAACCUGAUUCUGCAUCAGUUAAAAUAUUGUCUCCUCUUAAAACACAAAAUGCCAAAGGUGCUUCUGGCGAUGAGAUCGAUAUCGAUAACAAUGUUGAGACGUCAUGGAAUUACGAUGUAUCACCCUCAAAGGUGCUCAAAGAGGUGAAAGUUACACCAACACAUUCGAAAAAAGUUAUAAAACAUGCUCUAAGGCAACAGGCCAAAAGAAGAAGAAAGAACACUACAAUAGCUGCUGGAAAUUCAGCCCCUAUUCAACGGUUGUCCCUGUCACCUCAUUGUGAACUUGAAGAAAUUAGUAACGAAACUGCAUGCUACAGACAGCCGACUAUGGCUGAAGUUCUUUCUUCCAUUCCUGGCUUUAGCAUUAAGCCGAGGAAAAGAUCUAAUAAGAAAUUAUCCGCUGCUGCACAACUAGAGCAGACGAAGGAAGGCUGUGUCGAUUUGGAAACCCCAGAUUCUAUCCUUGUCAAUUCUAAUCUUAGGUCCUUACUCAAUAAACAUACAUUCCAUUCCCUUCCACCUCUUUACCAGUAUAAAUUAUUGCAACUUUUACCUCAUGUUGACCGAGUCCCCGUUCAAUCAGAAUCGAUGUUUAGGCUGAGUAAUUCAGGACUUAACAAUGAGUUUUUCGCUCGAGCUUGCCUAGAUUGGAGAGAAAGAUUAGCAGAAGGUGAAUUUACGAUAGAAAAUCAAGCCAAACUAAAAGCAGAGCAAGAAAAAGAAAAAAGCAAAUUAGACCCAUGGAAGUUGAAGCAUUUCGAGCCUAUGUGGGGAGAGAGUUUGCGGGAGUGGCCGAGUUUGCCUCCGGGUGUCCUGGCAGCCCAGGGAGCCCCUAUCCCUCAAAAUCCUCCUGUGACAAGGACUUCCACACAGAACCACCAUAGCCCGAAUUCAGUUGUUACCAAAAUUCCAAAUGAUAUUAAAAACUCGUCUUCUAAACUGGUCUCAAAAGCCAAUGUCACUUCAAAAGUCAAUCAUAGUCAACAGCAAGAGCACAAGCCGCCGCCUAUAAUAAGGACAGUCGGAGCUGUCACACGAGCGGUGACAAGCUACAGGGAAAAGAGACUAGCAGAGGAAUCUUCUACAAACCAAAACAGACCAAAUAAGAGAACACGUCCUCAAGAAAAAUUCUCCAAAGGUGAUGCUGGUAGUGAUAAGGAACUUGAAAAGAACGAUGAAAUUCCUGAAAGAAGAAAGUCUAAUAGAUUAGAAAAUGAAAAACUGUAUGUCAAAACCCAACCUGAAAUAAAUCAAGUCGGGACAGAGGUCGAGGAAACUCACAAGGAAUCAGCAAAUGAAGUCAUAUCUGUUGCUGAUGAAAAUCUAAUAACGGAAUUGAUAAUCGGCGACCAAAUAGAAAUAAGCUGUAAAGACGAGGAAGCGAAUGUAAUUGAAAUAACUGUUGAACCAGACGAGGUGAAAGAAACCGUGGUUUCUAAUGACAUUUCUGAAGUGGAUACCAAGUGGGUUGAAGAAAAGAAAGAUAUCGAGAUGUGCAGUUCGCCUUUGCAUGAAGUACAAAUCGUUGAAUUUGAACAUGAAAUUGUCGAAGAAGUGGUUAGAGGAGUUGUGGAAGAAGUGGAACAGCAAAUGCGAGACGAGGGACAACAAACGUCAAACUUGCUGCAUAUUGAGACUGAAAGCGUGUCAGAUGAGAAGCGCCUCUGUCUGGAUGAUGAAGACAAGACGGCCGAGGAGAAAACUUUAGGCGAUUUGGUGGCUCUUCAGGAAGAGGUUGCAGACCGGAUCGAACUUUCAGUCAAGGCAGAAGCUCUUCAAAAGGCCCAGUCGAGCUUAGAAGAAUGGGAGAUCAUCAAGGUAGACCCUAAUCAAGAAGGUGAGACCUCUUCUGGGCUUCCUACUCCAGGAGAUGCUGAUGACCUGAUGUCAUCCACAUCAAACGACCUGGAUAGGAAUAAAAACCAAAAUUAUUAUGGAGAUAUUUUGUACCAAGAGACACUGAAAGAUGAGGCUGCUUUGUUGGCAGCAGCGUGGGAUGUCGUUGGAUCUUCGACAGAAUUCCAAGACGUCAACUUAAAUCAACCAGUUUCUGUAAUACCUUGUCAAGAGGAACUGGAAGUUAGGUUACAAGAAAGUUCCUUGCCUGUUCCUCAGUGGGAAUACACUUCUUCUCAGAGCAAACAGCCACAUGGGCAUGUGAAACUUGAACUAGAAGUGACAUUAACCCCAGAGGUCGAUUCCCAAGUAUCGUCCACAGUUGAGCAGCUACCUUCAAUGGGAAGUUGUGGCAGUUCUGAUAGAUGCAGCCCUGUCGUAAGCUCAGGGGAGACAGGCACAAGAACUUCCACCAUUCAGAUGAUGACAGAGGAACCGCAGACGGGUCUUUCAGCUGAGGCUGUCAUGUCCAUCCAGCAAGCCCAGCCCCCACCACACGUAACUGUGAUCCCCCCGACUACGAUCGUUUGUCUUCCACCACCUCCUCUUUUUUCAACCCAGGCUAAUACACAUACUGCACCACCGAUUCGGCCUCCACCACAGAACCACAACACGUCGAGUUCAGCGAUCCCAUUCAUCGCAUUGACGACCUCAACACCUGUCAGAGCUCUUCCAACUAAAACUGUUUCAAAGAGCGGAGCUGGUUCUGGUGGUGGGAGAGGUGGAGGUGGACGUAAUUCCAAUAAGCCGCCCCCUGGAGCUGUUAACUUAGAAAGGAGUUAUCAGAUAUGCCAAGCUGUCAUUCAGAAUUCUCCGAACAGGCAUCAACUUAGAUGCCAGCUCAAGCCCCCUCCAUCACUGCUUUUGAACAAAUCAACAUCGGGUGGGACCAGUGUGUCCAAUGUUGUCAGGAACUCAACAGGGAACAAUACGAACCGUCACACAGUUCGUCAGGGUGUAAGGCAGACACAGCAGCAUCAAGUCUUGCUGAAACAUGUUUUCACGUCGUCUCAUGGAAUUCCAGUUAACAUGGCUGUUCUGCCACCACAACAUAAUCAAAUCGGUGAAUAUAUGAUGGUACAGCGAGGUGUGCAGGUACGGCGGUCCAAUUCUGCUCCACCAUCCAAUGUCGAUUCUGCUGGAAGUGGUCUGGUGCACCGUGGUGGGCGGCCAGCAAGUGUCGGUGGCCCAAGGCCUCCUGCUUCUGAGUCGGCGCCUCCACCUCCACCCCUACCGCCCCCUGUGGCACCUCCACCGUCUUAUCACCAUCUCAUAGUUCCACAACAAAAUACUUCUUCUUGCCCAUGUUCUCUCAAAGCGAUGAUCGCUUGCGUAAAGUGUGGUGCCUUUUGUCAUGACGACUGCAUCACGCCCCACUCACGCCUCUGCAUUACUUGUGAUACUCGAUAGUGUAAGUAAGAGAAAGAAGAAAUCACACAUUUUCUAUCAGAUAAUUUUUUUUAUAUUUUAAUUAACAAGGAAAAACUCCU